UUAAACUCUGCUGGUUCUCUGGCUCUGACUCGAGGCCGGUUCCCGGUCCCGGUCCCGGACCCGAUCCCGGUGCUGCCCCGCCUGCCGGUGCUGGGCAGUCUGCCGUGGCUGAGCAGUUCGCUGCCUCUCCACCAGUUCCUCACCCAGCUGGGCUUCAGGUACGGGCCUCUCUUCUCGUUCUAUCUGGGGCCACAUUACACGGUGGUGGUCAACAGCCAUGAACUUGCUAAAGAAGUCCUUCUGCGUAGAGGGAGAGACUUCUCUGGACGCCCCAGCAUGGUGACCACGGACCUGAUGACCAGAGGAGGGAAGGACAUCGCCUUUGCUGAUUCCUCCCCGGUGUGGAAGAGUCACCGCCGCCUCGUCCACCAGUCCUUCAGCGUGUCUGGAGAAGCUUCCAGCAAGCUGCAGCACAUCGUCCUCUCGGCAGUCGACAGUCUGUGUGAUGACCUUCUGUCCAGCAGGGGGCAGCCUGUAGAUCCAGCGCCGGCUCUAAUGCGAGCCGUCACCAACGUGGUCUGCACACUCGUGUUCAGCUCCACUUAUCGCCAUGACGACCCCGAGCUGGAGGAAGUGAUAGGAGCCAACAACGGCAUCGUACAGACCGUCACCAAGGGGGGUCUGGUGGACAUUUAUCCCUGGCUGAGGGUGUUUCCUAACAGUUGUCUGUCAAGAAUGAAGGAGUGUAUUUCUGUUCGAGACCGACUGCUGGCACGCAAGCUACAGGAACACAAGUUCUCACUGAGCGAUGGCGACCCCCGCGAUCUGCUGGAUGCCCUGUUGCAGGGGCAGCGGGGCAGCGGAAGGGGUCAAGGGUCAUCCGAAGAGGAGGGAAUAUCGGAUGACCACAUUCUGAUGACAGCGGCUGAUGCGUUCGGAGCCGGCGUGGAAACGACCUCCACCACACUGCUGUGGAUACUGGCCUAUCUCAUACACCACCCACAGGUCCAGGAGCGUGUGCAGAGGGAGCUGGACGAGUGUGUGGGCAGUGGGCGAGGUGUGUGUGUGUCUGACCGCAGCCGUCUGCCUUACCUGGAGAGUGUUAUCAAUGAGGGCAUGAGGAUACGGCCCGUUACCCCUGUGCUACUGCCCCACACUGCUCUGAUGGACAGCAGCAUUGGUGGUCACUCUUUCAGUCGUGGGACUCGUGUGUUGGUCAACAUGUGGUCGAUCCAUCAUGACCCCCGCCACUGGGACAGACCUGACCUCUUCAGACCUGAACGUUUCCUUGACAACCAGGGCCGGCGGAUCACGCCUUCCUGUUUCCUGCCCUUUGGGGCGGGGCCUCGAGUCUGUGUCGGCGAAUCACUGGCCAGAUUGGAGCUGUUCCUCAUCCUGUCCUCUCUGCUCCAGCGAUUGAGCUUCUUGCUGCCGGAUGGCGCUUCCUACCCUGACCUGCGGGGGCGUCUGAGCGUGGUGCUACAACCACUUCCCUACCAAGUCACUGUUGUACCCAGGGAGGGGUGGAUGGGGGGAGCAAAGGGACAUAAUACUGAAUCCCGUUAAAAUGAAAGUUUAUAUAUCCACCUUUACUUUAGCCUCAACAAAAGUUAUGCCACACUGAUAAAUGGCCACUAGGGGCGCCCAAAGCACAGUAAAUGUAAAAUGAAUGGGAGUCAAUGGGCGAAUUAAAAAAAACAAAAACACAAAUCAUCCCAAUUUUAGUGAACUAUAUUUUCACAUUUGCUAAUUUCUAUAAAUACUGUGUCCAUACUAUAAGACAAUGUGUCAAUUAAACUGACUGAUGACUUAUAGUCAGUGUAUAUUAUAUUCUCUGAGUGACAUCAUUGUGUCACACUCGUAUGUGUUGAAACAUUGGUUUUGAUUCCGUGCUGUUCAACCAACACAGCCAGUUAGUGUUGUUUAGCAUCAAGGCUAGCGGUUCUCACCAUUAAUCCAAAUAAAGAGUCUUG